AUGGCGGCCGGGGCAGGACAGAGGCGGAGGGGCCAUUUCAGCCUCUUACCGGGUACGGGCGCUCCGCAGGGAAACGAGAUGUUCGGGAACCGGCUGCGGAGGCGGGUCCGGCCUCCGGCGGGCGGGGCUUCCUGCCUUCCCUCCCUCGGUGUGACGGGCCGGCCGCUGCCCGCCCGCACCUCCCCGGGGCGGGGCGCGGCUCCGGCACUCUUGAGGCAGCGCCCGCCGCGGCCAUCGCCUUUGAGCGUGGCGGGAGAAGGAGCCCCAUUACCCGGGAAGGCGAGCCGUCGGUCAGGAGCCCCCCAUUCUCCUUCGGCAGACGUUCCGUCUCCACAGCGGCGGCGAAGAAGGCUGACGAUGGACCGCGAUGGGCCGGACGCCGCUGGCCAGGACGCAGAGCUGGAGCGGGCCCGCUACCUGAGCCGGAGGGCCGUGGCCCGGGAGCAGCUGGCGCAAAUAAAGGAGCACAAAGAUCAAGCAGAUCUGGCCAAGCUGGAAAACAGAAGAGAAGGAGAACAAAUACAGCGAUCAAGCCAAUUGUACCAACUGGAAAUUCAGAGAGAAAAAGAAAAGCAACAGGAGAAAAAAGUUGAAUUCCAGAGGCAGCAUCAUGAAUAUGUAGCCGAACAGAAAAUAUUUAAAGCUGAAGAGAAACAAAAAGAAGACAAAGAUGAUGAUCAGAUUAAGGCUUAUAUUAAAGGAAAAGAAAUGAUGGCUGAUCUAACAAGAGAAAAAGAUGCAGAGACCAACAGGAUGAUACAGAAGCAUAAGGACAAGGCUUUUGAUCAAUUAACUGCACAGAUAAAUGAGAAAUUGAAGACUGAAGAUGAUCGUCUUGCUAGAGGAGCUGCAGAGGUAGAAGCUGAGUACCAAAUGCAAAACAAAGAGAAAGAUAUGAAAAAAAAGGCUGCUAUUGAAUCUAUUGAAGAAAACAGAGUCACUGUGAUGAAGCUGAAAGAGGAAAAGGAGAGACAGAAAAAAGAAGAGGAUGAGAAGGAUCGUAAUCAGUGGAUGACAGAAAAUGACCUCUAUUUGGAAAGGGAAAAAGCCAAGAAACAAAGACAGCGUGAUGCAAACAUGGAAGUACAGAAAAUUCAGCUCCAGCAAAUGGCUGAAAAGCAGGCAAGAAAAGAGCAGGAAAAGCAAGCAAACUUGGACUGUGAUGCUCAGAGAGAGGCUGCUUUUCAUCAGGGUCAAGCAUUUCGGAGAUAAAGACAAAAUACAUUUGACCUCUACAGAAGCAUCUACAAAGGAGUAAGAAGCUAGCCACUCUCUCCUUCCGAGUUCUGCGUGCCUGCAAAGCCAAUCAGUGCCCAAGAGCAGAAGCUAACUGUGGACCAAGCUACAAGAAAUGCUAUUUGUUAGAACCUGCCUAUAACUCAAGCUCUAGAAACAAGUGCCAUAGCUUGCAACCGUACUGUAACUAGUCUAAUUUUGCUAUGGAACAAAGCAGUAGAUUCUUUUCAGAAAGUCAAGAGGUGACAACCAAAGAUAAACUAUCAGUUCGUCUGUACUGUACUCCUUGAAUAUUGCUGGGCCUCCAGGCUUAAUUCAAACCUUUUGACUUGAAAAAAUAAAAUCUUACUGAGCAAAUACAAUUGAGUACAUAUGUCUGUAAUAAAAUCCAUGUUGACUGUAGUUUUUAUUUGUGACAGUUUUCUACUUACUUUUACUCUGGAGAAUGCAGAGGAAGGUAGAAAUAAUAUCUUGAGAUGUUGUGGCACUGGCUGAGUCUUAAUCCUUUAUGGGAGAUGUCUGCAGCAAGACUGUACCUAGCACUCCAGCUGGUCUGACUACAGGAAAUGGGAAAAACUCUUCCCUGACGUCUCCUAAGCACUCUGCUGCCAAGCAGCCAGGCUGUGCUGCUGCUGUAGGUGACUUUUUGGUUAAAACUUGUUCUUUCACUCAGUUCUGAAGUGUCUGUGAGUUGUGUUAACACUCCAUUUACAUUCAUAUUGAACAGAUAGUUCUUCUGUAAGUAAAAACUAUUUUGCUUCACAUUCAGACACACACACAAAGAUUUGUAUUUUUUCCAAGUGAAAGACCAUAGUUGGCAACAAGCAGAGUUUGCAAUUAAGACACUAGGUCAGCUUCAUUACAUGGCUGCAUUUUCAUAUGUUACAAUAUAGACAUAAUAGACUGUCAUUUGCCAUUCUGUCGUAGAAAUUAUUAAUUGCACC